AUGUUUCCUGCCGGCCCCAGUGUGAAACAGCAGCUUGCACCUACACGUCAACAUUGUUCUACUACACCGUGUUGUGGUACUGUCGGCACUUCUAUCGUUACACAGCUCCCUGCCUCGGUCACAACAGCCAAUUCUCUCCUACCAUGUCCAGAGCCUUUUCAUAUAGAGGCUAGAACCUGGCAUUCUUCAAGUACUAUCUCUGGUAAGCUUCCUGGAUCAGCUCGCCCCGUUGCUACAGAUGGCUCGCAUCAAGUGGACCCCAUGGAUUUCGAAUAG